CGGGUCCAAGCUCUUGGAAAGUGUGAGGAAGCCAUCAAUUAAGACCGGUAUUAGAAUUAAACGUUGUCGGUGUGCUUUAGCAGAAGAAAUUCUAUUCAUUUUCAAGAAAGAAACUCUCUCUCUCUCUCCAUACCAAAGAAAAGAUGUCUGUAGGAGAGGCAAUUCUGGGAGCAUUGCUUGCAGCGUUGUUUACAGUAUUGACAUCUCGCGACUUCUUGAACUUUGCACGUCGAGAGGGGAUCAGUAAGAAGCUAGACAUGUGGAGAAAAACGUUGUCGAUGAUUGAGGAGGUGCUUGUGGAUGCAGAAGAGAAGCAGUUGACAGAAAGGGCUGUGAAAGUAUGGCUGGAUGAUCUGAGAGAUUUAGCUUACGAUUUGGAGGACCUACUUGAUGAAUUUGCGACAGAAUCUUUGAGAAGGACGUUGAUGGAAGGAGAUCAAAAUCAAGGUAGCAGUAGCACAAGUCUUGUCUCUACUAGAUUUUCAUUUGCUAGAUUCAAGGGAAGUACUGGUAAGUUCAACCGCAAGAUGAGGUCUAACAUAAACAAGGUAGGUAAGCGGUUAGAAGUAAUAUGCAAGAGAAGAGUUGAGCUUGGUUUACAAAAGGGCAAAGGGUCAUCAAGUAGUAAGGUAUGGCAGAAACCACCUAGUGCAUCUGUUCCAAAUGAAUCUGCCAUUUAUGGUAGAGAUGAAGAUAAAAAGAAGAUAAUUGAUUUACUGUUAAGGGAAGAGUCAAGUGAUCAGGAUGCCAAUUUUCGCGUCAUACCAAUUGUUGGAAUGGGUGGGAUCGGGAAGACAACUCUUGCACAGCAUGUGUAUCAUGAUGAAGCAGUGUUGGAAUAUUUUCACCCAAAAGCCUGGGUUUGUGUUUCUGAUGAUUUUGAUGUAAUGAGAAUAGCUAAGGCAAUCCUUGAGUCUAUAACUUGCCAUCCGUGUGAUUUGAAGGAGUACAAUGAAGUUCAGGUCAAGCUGAGGGAGGCAUUAGCUGGGAAAAAGUUUUUGCUGGUUUUGGAUGAUGUUUGGAACAAGAACUAUGGUCUUUGGGAAGCCUUGAAACCCCCAUUUUUAGCUGGAGCAUCAGGAAGUAGGAUAAUUCUAACAACCCGUGAGAUAAAUGUUGCCAGGAUGAUUGGACCCUCCAAGCAUUACAACCUGGAGCCUCUGUCAGAUGAUGAAUGCUGGUCUGUUUUUGCCAAACAUGCAUUCGAGAGUAGAAAUAUCAGACCACAUGCAAAUCUGGAAUCAAUUCGAGAAAAAAUUGUUAAGAAAUGUGGAGGUUUGCCCUUGGCAGCCAGGACUCUUGGUGGCUUGUUGCGGAAUAAACAGAGGGAUACUGAGUGGGAAGAUAUACUGGAUAGUAAGAUAUGGGACUUACCAGACUCUGAGAGUGACAUUCUUCCAGUGUUGAGAUUAAGCUACUACCAUCUCCCUUCACAUUUGAAAAGAUGCUUUACCUAUUGCGCUAUAAUCCCAAAAGAUUUUGAAUUCAAAGAAAAGGAUCUAGUCCUUCUAUGGAUGGCAGAAGGUUUGCUUCAACACACACAAGGGAAUAAGCAAAUGGAAGAUCUAGGUGGGGAGUAUUUUCAAGAUCUAGUGUCAAGGUCAAUUUUUCAAAUAUCAAGCAGUGAUAAGUCUUGUUUUGUAAUGCAUGACCUUGUGAAUGAUCUGGCUCAAUGGGCUGCUGGGGAGACAUGCUUCGUGCUGGAUGGAGAGAUGGAAGACAAGAAGCAAUCCAAAGUAUCCAGAAGGGCUCGCCACUCCUCUUAUGUUCGUGAAUACUGUGAUGGCAUCAAAAAGUUUGAGGUCUUCCAUAUGACUGAUUGCUUGCGAACCUUCUUGCCUCUACCUCUUACAGGUGAUCAAGGUUGUUGGUUGACUAAUCAUGUUCUUUAUGAUUUGUUGCCAAAGUUAAGGUAUUUGAGGGUACUGUCUUUAUGUUCUUAUAACAUUAGCAAGUUACCUGAUUCCAUUGGUGAAUUGAAACAUUUAAGGUUUCUUAACCUUUCUCACACUAGAAUUACAUGUUUACCAGAGUCAACAUGUUCACUAUACAACUUGCAGACCUUGUUACUAAAAGAAUGCUCCUUUCUUAAAUACUUACCUUCAAAAAUAGAGAAUCUCAUCAACCUACGUCAUCUUGAUAUUACAAAUGCAAGUUCAAUCAAAGAGAUGCCAUUGGGAAUUGGAGAACUGAAAAAUCUCCAAACACUGUCAAAUUUUGUUGUGGGAGAAAACGUUGGUUCUAGGAUAACAGCCUUGAUGAACUUAAAAUCUCUUAGAGGAAAGCUUUGCAUUGCAAGCUUGGAGAAUGUGGUUGAUGCUCAUGAUGCAAGGGAAGCCAACAUAAAUGAUAAGCAGGAUGUGGAUGCUUUGUUGCUGCAAUGGAGAUUUAAUUUAGAUAGUUUUCCAAAUGGAAGAGUUGAAAAAGAUAUACUUGAUAAUCUACGACCUCAGAGCAAGCUGAAAGAGCUCACCAUCCAGUGCUAUGCAGGGCUAAGUUUCCCAACUUGGGUAGGAAAUCCUUCAUUCUCUGCCAUGGUGCAGCUAAGGUUAGAGAAUUGCUUAAGAUGCACAUUAUUGCCAUCACUUGGACAGUUACCUUCUCUUAAAAUACUCACCAUUGUAAAUUUGAUGGCUGUUAAGAAGGUAGGUCUUGAAUUCUAUGGAGAUGGAUGCUCAAAGCCUUUUCCACUUUUAGAGAUUCUACAGUUUGAAGGUAUGCGUGAGUGGGAGGAAUGGAUUUCUUGUGGAGUUGGUUAUGAAGAAUUCCCUCUCUUGCGAAAGCUUUCUAUUGCAAGAUGCCCCAAAUUGUUGAAAAAAUUGCCCAACAGUCUUCCAUCACUAGAAAAGCUUGUGAUUGAAAAUUGUAAGAAAUUGGUGGUUUCAAUUCAUAGGCUUCCAAGCUUGUGCAAAUUAGAAAUCAAGGGAUGCAAAGAAAUGGUGUGUGAAGGUGCUGUUGAUCUCAACUUGCUGAACUCUCUGAUAAUUUCUGACAUUUCAAAGCUUACAUUCCUAACAGAAAGGUUCAUACAACCAUUCUUGAAAGAACUGGAAGUUUCUAAUUGCAUGGGGCUGGUAUCUUUGUAUCAAAAUGGAGAGACAUUCAUAAAACAGCUCAUUUCCCUUCAAAAUUUAGUAAUUCAUGGUUGUCCCCAAGUUGCUUCACUAUUAGCAGAGGACAAGGAAGAAGAAGAAGAAGAAGAAGAAGAGCAGUUGCAACAACGUCUGGCUAAUUGUGAAAUAGGAUCUUUGACAAUAAGUUUAUGUGAAACCCUUGAGAAGCUACCACAAUGGUUUCAUAGCCUUGUGUCCCUCAAAGAACUAAAAAUUCAAGAUUGUCCAAGACUCCUUUCCUUUCCUGUGGCUGGUCUGCCUUGCAUGCUUAGAGUGAUUCGUAUCUUGAACUGCAAUAGUUUAACUUCCUUACCUGCUGCAGUGACUGGUAAUAGCAUGUGCCUCGAACACUUGUGCAUUCAAGGAUGCGAUUCUCUGACGUCAUUUGGAAGAUAUCAGCUACCUCCAACUCUAAAAAAGCUGGAAAUAAAAAUUUGCAAGAACUUGGUUUGCUUGCUGGAUGAUGGGGAGGAAUCCUCAUUGAUGACAUCUCAGGUGAAUAUCAGCAGUAGCUCCAAUAAUGCAUCUCUUCUUGAGUACCUGAUUGUUGAAAGGUGUGACUCUCUCAUAUCCAUAGCCCCAAAAGGCAAUUUGCCUGCAGCUCUUAAGCACCUCCAAAUUCAUUCUUGUCCAAAGCUCGUAUCUUUACCAUCAGGAGACUGGUUAUCAACAGGGCUUAAACACCUCUCAAUCCAUUCUUGUCAAAAUUUGAAGUCAAUGGUGGCCAGUUUUUACAACAACUUGUCUCUGAAGGAUAUUUCUAUAUGGUUUUGUAACAACCUUAAAUCCUUGCCUGAAGGUCUUCAUAAACUGAGCAAUCUCCGUGAGAUUUCAAUAUCUUACUGUUCAAAUGUUGUUUCCUUCCCAGGAGGGUUGCCUGCCAGCCUGAGAAGGCUCAUUAUCAUUGAAUGUGAGAAACUCGAGGCCAUCCCUGAUCGCAUGUAUAACCUCACAUCUCUUCAAGAAUUGAGGAUAACUUACUGUCCCCACAUUGUAUCCUUCCCAGAAGAGGGUCUUCCUACCAGCCUAACUUCUCUUUGGAUAAUAGAUCUUAAGAUCUGUAAGCUAUUGUUUAAUUGGGGAAUGCACAAACUAACCUCUCUUAGAAGUCUGUACAUUCAAGGUGGGUGCUCUCAUAUUGUAUCCUUUCCUUCAGAUGAGAUAGGAAUGAUGCUGCCUCCAACUCUAACUAGGCUACGCAUUCGCGAUUUCCCAAAUCUGGAGUACCUUUCCUGCAGAGGCUUUCAGAACCUCACCUCUCUUCAGGAGCUAUGGAUCUCUGACUGUCCUAAGCUUACAUCCUUUCCCAAGAAGGGCUUGCCUCCCUCAGUUCUGGAACUACGUAUAGAAAGAUGUCCUCUUCUACUACAGCAGUUCAUGAAGGGUAAUGUGAAUGAAUGGCUCAAGAUAAGACAUAUUCCUUAUAUUAAGAUAGAUGGCAAAUUUGGCUCUUACUCAGAAUUCUGAGCAGUAAUAAGCUACGGAGACUCCUUCAUGCUAUAUAUCAACAUUUGCAAUAGCAAUUAUCGCUAUUUUCCAUUUAGGCCUCAGUAUGUGUGCUACUGACUUCUUGCAGGACAGAUUCCUCCACACUAAAGUGGAAUUCAAGCAUUGAGCUUCCAUCUUUAUGACAAAAUGGCCAAAUUGCAACCCUUUCAAGGCAAUUUACCAUAUCUACUUUUUGAAGGCAAAUAUCUGUAUUCAUUGACCAAAGGUGCAAGAGCUUGAUAAAGAGUGGGUGGUUGAACCUGAAAAUAAGAGAUGUUCAUUGUCCCACCAGAACAGAAGCAGCUUUAUCAUAAGUUCUUGGUAUUCCUAGGUUAAUAUAAGGCACAUUUCACAGUCUUUCCACAGAGCCUCACAUGGGUCCAUUUCCUUUACUAGAAUCAAUGCCAUUUGGAGUCUAAUACUGUAACUGUUGGAUGAAUUCUAAUGUAUUGUAUAGAAGUUGAUUCUUCUGUCAUGUUUCUUUGUUUAUUAUCGAGUCUAAAUACAAGUUAUUAUAUUCAGAAUCUUUCAUACUUCAAUGAAUGUGUCAAGGGAACAAUACCCUUGUUUGACA